UUACGUUCUCAUCCUAAAAGAUUUAAAAUAUUUUUCCAUAGUACUCCGUAAUACGGAGUAUAUUUUUAUUUUAGAAAUAGACCAAUUUCAGCAAAACCAUUAGCCACGACCCGGCAUGACCCAAUCGAGACCAUUGUUGACAAGUCAGGAUCCAAUUCGAGGGGAUGCAUUCGUGAUCAGCAUGCGACGUUCUUAUGGAUUUCAACCAUCAAAAUUACGGGCCAUGGACUUGUAAAGUGUUCUAUUGCAUAAGAAAAAAAGAAGAUGGGACCUCAAUUGCGGCUCACGAGUUCCAUCAUUGCUGCAUUUUUCUUGGUGGUUUGGGCUGCGGCGGCGGCGGAGCUGGAUGAAGGGUUAAUACCCAGCACAACGGAUGGCCCUUUCACGCCGGUGACUCGGAGGUUCGACCGUUCGUUGCGCCCAGGCAGUGACGACUUGCCCAUGGAACAUCCCAGGCUCAAGAGGAAUGCCACUUCCAUGUCUCCUGAACAGAUCGCUCUUGCUUUAUCCACCCCUACUUCUAUCUGGGUUUCUUGGGUCACUGGGGAAUCACAGAUUGGAUUGAAUGUCACGCCACUCGAUCCAACAAAAGUAAGAAGUGAGGUGUUUUAUGGGAAAUCAAGUGGGUUGUACACAAAGACUAAAUCUGGGGGUUCAAUGAUUUAUAGCCAGUUGUAUACAUUUGAAGGUCUAUGGAAUUACACUUCUGGCAUUAUUCACCAUGUUAGAAUUGAUGGUCUUGAACCGGAGACGAAGUAUUACUACAAGUGUGGAGACAGUUCUUUACCCUCAAUGAGCAAGGAGCAUGCGUUUGAGACCAUGCCUUUGCCUGGGCCUAAUAAGUAUCCUCGUCGAAUAGCUGUGGUUGGAGAUCUAGGCCUCACAAGCAAUUCAACUGCAACCAUUGAUCAUCUCAUCGCAAACGCUCCUUCAAUGGCAUUGAUGGUUGGGGACAUGGCUUAUGCAAAUCAGUACGUUACAACUGGUGGGAAAGCAGCUUCCUGUUAUUCAUGUCAGUUUCCUGAUUCACCCAUCAGAGAGACGUAUCAACCUCGUUGGGAUGGAUGGGGAAGGUUUAUGGAGCCAUUGACCUCAAGAAUACCAAUGAUGGUCAUAGAAGGAAACCAUGAGAUUGAGCCCCAAGCAGAAGGAAUAACAUUCAUGUCAUAUACAACACGAUUCUCUGUUCCUUCAAAUGAAUCAGGAUCGAUGAGUAACUUCUAUUACUCAUUCAAUGCCGGCGGAGUGCAUUUCCUUAUGCUCGGAGCCUAUGUUGACUACAAUAGAACUGGUUCCCAAUAUAGCUGGCUUGUAGAAGACUUGAAGAAAUUCAAUCGCAGUGUAACUCCAUGGCUUGUUGCCGCGUGGCAUCCUCCGUGGUAUAACAGCUACUCAUCACACUACCAGGAAUUCGAAUGCAUGAGGCUAGAAAUGGAACAUCUCUUAUACGAAUAUGGAGUUGACAUUGUCUUUUCUGGACACGUUCAUGCGUAUGAGCGGACGAACCGCGUGUACAACUAUAGUCUAGAUCCUUGUGGGCCAGUGUACAUAACAGUGGGGGACGGUGGGAACAUUGAGAAAGUCGAUGUUGAUUUUGCAGAUGACUAUGGAAAGUGUCCAUCCGACGUGGAUAAUAUACCGGAAUUUGGAGGUGUGUGUCACAUGAACUUCUCAUAUGGCCCUGCCAAAGGCAAAUUUUGCUGGGACAGACAACCAGAAUGGAGUGCAUAUAGAGAGAGCAGUUUUGGACAUGGAAUCCUUGAGGUUGAGAAUUCUACUCAUGCAUUAUGGACUUGGCAUAGGAAUCUGGAUGUUUACAAGGAAAACAUACUUGAUGAUAAAUUAUACAUUGUACGGAGGCCUGAAUCUUGCGUCACUUCUUCUUAGGUUCAAAUAAACUUCAUCCGAAGGUCCAAAGACAGAGUAGUCUACAAGAUUGUCAAACCCUACCCAGUUUGCGUAGCAGUGAAAGCCCCAUGCACGAAGCUCCGAGCAACAUAAAGGAGAGGGCACUGCGGCGGUAACUGUAUGCCCAUCUUGUUGCACGAGUUUGAGAAUUAUUUUCCUACAUUCAUCAGAAGGCGGUUGUUUCUUGGAACAUUCAGGUAAUUUCUGUACUUUAUCGAGAACUCCAGGAUCUUCCUUAGUAAUGUCUCCAUUUAUUUUUCCAAUUAAUAGGAGCAACCCUAAUAAGAAAUAAUAUAGAUUCAUGUUGAGAUUAUGCAUUUUAAAUCUUAUGUCGUCGAUCCUUUAUUGAAUGCGUAUUUUCCUUUGUUCAAGCUCGGUGUAUAUAUUUAUAUAUAACUUGAGUGACAUCAGAAACUACAAUUAAUAAUGCAAGAAAGCAAUGUGUCCAGC